AAUGGAUCAGUCCCUUCUGACAACAGCCGAGAUAUUUGCCAAGCCCUAUUUACAUAUUUCAUCUGCUCAUUGGUCUUGGGUUGCUUCAGCAUUUUCUUUGGCUACAGCAUGGGGUACUCUCUUUGCUAUUCCUGUUGGAGAGUUUCUAGGUAGGAAGAGAGCACUACAAAUAUCUGCCGCUCUUUGUUUUACUGGUGGAAUAAUGCAAACUGCAGCAAAUACUUUCCCUGUAUUGCUUGCCGGAAGGCUGUUACUGGGACUAGGAAUGGGAUUGGAAGCAAUGAACAUUCCCAUAUAUCUAGCAGAAUGUGCACCCGCAUACGGAAGAGGAGGACAUUUGAACUUUUUCAACUGGUUUCAACAAUCUGGAGCUCCAACUGCUUAUAAACGCAAUUUUCUUGCAAGUGAAGACCACGUGGAGAUGGAGAUUUAUGAUGGCUCCUCAGUGUGUAGCAGCAUUUAUUCAAUUUAUGGGACUGUUACCUCUACCAGAAAGUCCUCGAUGGUAUAUAAUGAAAGGUAAAAUGGACUUGGCUGAGAAAGCUUGGGGAAGGCUUAGAUAUGAUUCCCCGGUAACUCGCUAUGAAUAUAAUAAGAUGGUUCAAGGAGUGGAGGAUGAUCUUAAAGGAAGGAGAACCUAGUGGGAUGCUAUAAAACUUAUAUUUACCAA